CCGCCUUGCAGAUGCGACGAUUGCUAUACCGGUAGUACCUAGAAUCGGUCCGACGAUAUCGCCUUUCCCGUCUAUCCCGUACCCUUCAAAGUCUACCCGCGCUUCCCCAUCAACCGUCGUUGCUCUAGGACAUCCUCCGUCGUCAAGAUGACGGCCGGCUUGAAGACUAUCAUCGCCCUCUCCUUCGUCCUUGCGAUCGGUUUCCUCCUGGUCAUCCUAUCCUCCGCCCUGUGGAAGAACUACCUGCCCUUGCUCGUCGUCGCAACAUACGUAAUCGCGCCCGUCCCGAACUGGUUGUGUGGACGAGCCGCCAGCCAUGACGACUUUAUGGAGAGCUCCGGGAGUGCAGUGGUCGACUUUGGGAAGUUCUUGACCGGGUUUUUCGUUGUAAUGGGAAUCGCGCUACCCGCCUUGCUCGCCCACACUGGAGAUAUUGUCUAUCAGGCUAUGGUCAUGUCCAUUGUCGGCGGUCUCCUGAUUUACGGCACCAUCAUUACUUUCACCAUGUUCUUUCAAGAAGAGCAGGACUUCUGAAGCGUUGUGACAGACUGUAGUGUUACAUUACAUAUAUGGAUUAAAUCGGGUGUUCCAGUUGGCAGUGCGUUUGGAUCAGGAUCAUAGCGUAUCGAAUUAUUCGAACAGCACGGAUUUCAAUAUCAAGGCGUUGUAUGUCACCGUGUAUCAUUCGAAAUGAACGGUAAAUCUUUAUAAUGACCAGCGCGCAAAGCCAAACGCCGACAUAUGUCGCUAGCAAAGGUAUACACGACUCCUGUUACUCCAUGCCAGUUAUCUGUACACGUAACGGUACCAGCCCCCUAUUAGACAACCCAAGCGGACAUUUCCAGAUUGGUCACAGGGCAAGAUUAUAGGUAUACUCGUCUUCCAUAUUUUGAGCGACCCAUAGGAC